AUGCAUAGCUCGCUGGUAAGGGUGCAGAACACCUUUGGAUUCUUCACCACCGUCGCAUUUGUCGUAGCCGCCCUCAUCGCUUUCACAGACCUCAUUGCCCCUAGAGAACCCAGCGGGUUCAUCAAGACGACCAAUGUCCAGGUAGUACGAGGGCGACCGCACUACUACUCCACGAAGAAGGAGGAAUACGCCAUCAUCAAGUUCUCGCUGGACGCAGACCUGUCCUCCCUCUUCACCUGGAACACAAAGCAGCUCUUCGUCUACGUGACGGCCGAGUGGACGAGCGGCGGCGCCAACAACAACGCGACCAACAGCGCCGUCAUCUGGGACAGCAUCAUCACGAGCCCGAGCUCCGACCACCUGGCCAACAUCGGCCCCGCCACUCUCAAGAAGCUGCGCAAGAGCGCCGCGGGCAAGAGCAUAGACCCUAGCCGCGGCAAGCUGUCGCUCAAGAACCAGAAGCCCAAGUACCAGAUCACGCACCCCUCGGGCAAGAUCGCCGAGACGGACAACGUCACGCUCAAGCUGCACUACAACGUCCAGCCGUGGGUGGGCCCCCUGACGUGGAAUCAAGACGUCGACAUCGGUGUGUGGAAGAAGAUGAGUGGCGGCAUAAGCAAGGUGUUCAGCCUCCCAGCGAUAAAGAAGAAGGAGGAAUCGAAGAAACCGUAA